AAUAAAAGCGCCAUCAUGAUCUGGUCGUUAUUUAUAUCAUGGCUUGUUUAUAAAUUAAACCCGGCUGAACAUUUUCCCAACUUGUCACGCAGUUUGGUCGAGUUUUCAGCCCAAAUCAACACCGAGGAGUCGUUUGAAUAUAACUGUGAUUCGGAACAGUUGUAUGCAAAUUUACUAUUCAAAAGACGUCGACUCGUCACCUUGGAGGCGGGGCUUGUUUCGGCUCUACGUUUAAAAAAACGCAUACUAGCAUCCUAGUUAGUAUGCGUAAACAAACAAACCGCCAUAAACGACCUUGCGCACUCUUUAGUACGGAAGUACGCAGUGCGAUAUCAAACCUAGCCAGAGAUUGAACUUGAGUAGCGCUGCUUUGUCGUCUUACAAUCCGUGUGUGCAAGCAGGGAGUCAGAGAGUUUUUAGACCUUGGACUGUGUUAAAAGAGAAACAAGCAGCACAGACUGUCCUUGUAUUAACGUUCAGAACUUUGGGAUUUGUUGUUGGAGAUGUUGAACCGAGUUCUAGUCCACAAGAAGGAGGACUUCCAGGCUCCAGAUUAACCAAGCCGUCCAUCACCUACCUCUUUAUUUACAGUCAAACCCCCAGUUUACAAACACGUUUAAAUGGCGUUUUUAAUGAAGAAGAAGAAGUUCAAGUUCCAGGUCCAUUUCACUCUAGAAGAGCUGACGGCUGUGCCGUUCAUCAACGGGAUGCUCUUCUGCAAAAUCCGGCUUUUGGAUGGAGGAGACUUUGUCAUCUCUUCAUCUAGGCAAGAGGUGCAGGAGAACUGUGUUCGCUGGCAUAAGAAGUUCUCCUUCGUGUGCAAGAUGAGUGCUAAUCCUACAACAGGGGUGCUGGACCCCUGCAUCUGCCGAGUGUCGGUGCGAAAAGAACUGAAGGGCGGAAAGUCUUUCUCAAAGCUGGGCUUUGCUGACCUCAACAUGGCGGAGUUUGCCGGUUCAGGCUCCACCGUGCGCUGCUGUAUACUGGAGGGCUACGACACCAAGAACACUCGGCAGGACAACUCCAUUCUGAAGGUUACUAUAGAGAUGACUCUACUCUCCGGGGAUCCUUGCUUUAAAACGCCCCCUAGUACAGCUAAAAACACAGGCCUCGCUGGUCAAGACCCAUCUCUACAGCUGGACUGUAAGGGAGGGGGCACUGGCAGCAGCCUGACUCCACCAACAGGCAUCAGCCCGGGAAUCAGCAGCACCAGCCGUACACUCAAACCCAAAACAUGUGUGCCGAGCACCGGUCUGCCAGAGGGGGUAGAUGAGAACCUCUCAAGCCCAGAAGAGGUGUUCCACACAGGCCAUUCAAGGAAUUCCAGCUAUGCCAGUCAACAGAGCAAAGUUUCAGUGAUGUCUGUCCUUCCUGCAGGCUACAGCACAGAGCACUCCGGCUCGUCCAGCCUGACAGACCUGAGCCAUCACCGGAGGAACACGUCCACCAGCAGCAGCAACGCUUCAGCAGGGACGACCACAGCUACAGACAGUUUAGCAGAACCGGACAAAGAGCCGGCAAAAGCCGAGAAGCCUCCUCGGCCACCAAGACCUUCAAUCCUCCCUAACCGAUUUUCUAGGAGAAAGAAGGACUCUGUGGAGAACCACCCGACCUGGGUGGACGACACUCGCAUCGACGCUGAUGACGUUGUGGAGAAGAUUGUCCAGAGUCAGGACUUUGCUGAUGUCAGCAACAAUGAGGAUAGCAAUUUGCAGCUGUUUGUCAGUCGGGACGGUACCACUGCUCUUAGCGGCAUCCAGCUAGGCAACAGGGUGUCAGCAGGUGUGUUUGAGCCUGUCGUCAUUGAGAGUCAUUAGUGGAAUCGGUCACACUCCUCCUGAAAUACAAAAGACGGCCAAAAUAAGUGCGGACGAACAAGACAAGUUCAGCAUCGCACUAACAAGAUGUUUUGUUAUUUGCAGUCUUUUUAUUGUCUUCACUGAUCAGUUUAUUCACACGUUAUGAUUAUGAUUAACACCAGAUAUCCUGCAUUGUAAUAUACGCAGAUGGUGGUGGGUAAUUUGUUGUUGUUAUUAUUGUUAUUAUUAUUAUUAUUAUUAUGAUUAUUAUUAGCCACGCGAUCAAAACGAUGUGUUACUGACACCGUAUUUGCAAGUAAACAAACUACUUGAAAUACCCGAAGUAGUCGAACACUGUGAAAAACUGUCUUUGGUCUAGGAAACAUCGUAUUUAUGGCCUAAACGGCAGCCUUUAGGAUUUUUAAAGAGAAAUACGAUUCAAAUAUUGCUCAGCCUGUCAGAUAUUAUUUAAUGGUUCUGAUCUGUGAUUUUUUUUUUUUUUUUUUUUUUUUAACCAUAUUGUUUAUAUAAACAUUUUGCCUGUGUUCGCCACAGACCACUAAUCACUCCGUUUUAGUUAACCACUAUCUUUUUCCCUGCAUUGGGAACAAGCUUGGAGGAAAAUUCCACUUUUUGAUGUUUAGUGGUGCUUUAAAACUCAUUUUGUUGAUUGCACCCUUUAACUAAGACACAUUAUACAUUAUUCCACCUGAUAUAAAACCCUUUAGUUUUUUACAUUAUUUAGGAUUAUUGCCUUCAGUUUAAAUAUUGGUUCAAAAUCCUUACAGCAGCCUUCGUGGGUGAUUUUCUUUUUUUUUUUCUUUUCUUUCUUUCUUUUUUUUUAUGGGUGCAGUAUUUUGAAUUUCUAGAAAAUCAGACAAAUUGUUUUACACCACUGCAGUGUAUGCAUCAAAAAUAUUUUUGCUAUUAGUUAUAAUUUUCAAACCGUAUGACACAAAGAUGAAUAGACACAUAGAGCCGUAUGGCGGGCCAUGGCGACACAUAUCAUAUUCGGGUUAACAAGCUUCUAGCCAUUCCGUCAUAGAUUCCAGCCUUCUGACGUGUGUGUGUGUGUGUGUGUGUGUGUGUGUGUGUGUGUGUGUGUGUGUGUGUGUGUGUGUGUUGGGGGUAUUAGAUCUUACCUUCUUGUGACUCAUAUGUUCUCCAGCUGGCUUGGGGAAUCCCAUUACAAGUCAGAUUUCAUAUCCGUAACCUCCCCCAAACCCCCCAUCCAAACGUCCGCACUAGUCCCGACUUUAUUCACUUUGAUCAUGUUUGUGCUGCAGGAUUCAGCCAUGCAUACGAGUGUUAAUCAAGUGUUAGUACUGUACUGCAGCGCAGUGCACCCCAUGUCCUCGCGUGGACUUUUCUGCUCCAUUUUGAACACAGAACGUGCUGGUCACGCUGCAGAGGAAUGCGUUCAUCAACGUGGAGCAGAAACCAGUGAGCUCACAGGCAGCAUAACUGAACGCACUCGAGCGGUCGGACGGUGGAGGGGACGGCCUGAAGAGAAUAAAAAGGCUUUGAUUAAAUGAUUCACAAUCACGCUUCUAAACUUGGCAACGGCCUGCAUGUCUCCCAAUGCACCUGGUGUGCAUCCAGAGACACAGGAUCCUCCCUCCCCUUGUGUGUGUGUGUGUGUGCGCGUGUGUGGUGUUCAGUGUUGUAAAACAUUGUGUACUGUUUUGUAUUCAGUCUGUAUGAGCUAACCAUGAGAAUGGUCAUAAAGAAAAAUUGUCUCAGUUGAUCUGAGCAGAAAUCUUUGCACAUUUUUGGCUCCCAUAUCUUUACAAAUAAAAGUGCAAUGUGGGGACGAUUCACGGACAAACUUUUACUUUGAUUUAAAAUGUGAUUUCAAGCCGGAGUGAAAUUUGACAAAUAUACAGCGUACAAGAUAUUUCCUUGGCAUUCAUGUUAGGACUUAAAGAUACAUUAAAGAUUCCUUCUUUUUUUUCCCUUCUCAUCGAAUCCUCUCACAUCUCAUAGUGUUCUCUCAGGUUCUUUGUUAUACUUUAAGAAAAUAAGGCACAAGAAUUUGAACUUUUUUUUUUUUUUUAAGAACCUGUUGAUCGAUAGAAAGGGUCUGGAUGAUUUUACGGUUUCGUGUGGUUCAGAAGAUUUUUAAAGAAUCACAGGGUGAAAUUUUGUAAAGGAAAUAAUAAAAAAUCAGUUCUUUUUACAAAACAUUUUGUUCUCCAGAACAAGAAAUCAGAUUGUCAUUUCUUUUUGAAUACAUGAUUCACCAAAUUCAUUGCAGCUGAUUAUUUUGUGUCGGAGCUAAACAUUUUAACAUCAGAACACCAUCGGUGUCAUCAUAUAACAUACGAACGUAGAACAAACAGAGCUUCUACUCUUCUGCUAUAACAUGUAAACAGUUAGAUAAGUUCGUUUGUCUGGGAUGCUUCAUUUAAGGAAAUUUGUUUUCCAAACUAUCUUUAAUCUAACCCUGACUCUGGUCACACGCUGUCCGGUUCCUCUAUCUAUUCACAAUAAGUCGGUCACUUUUUUUUUUGGUGCCAAUUCUGCUCCACAUGCUACAUGCUAAUGCAAAUACUGUGUUAUCUUUUCGAUUUUUCCAAACCAGCAGGCUGGUUUAUUAUUAUUAUUUUUUUUUUCUUCUUCUUGGUGAUUAAUGAGUAUUGUGGCAGCAUGAGAUGAUCGAUGUACACACGACUUAAGAGGCUAUACCUGCUUGCUCUUUCUUUCUACUUUAACAACAGCCUCGUGCCACGCUGUCGUUCGGUCGUAAUAGACUGUGAUGAUUUUUUUUUUUUUUUUUUAGUUUUUUUUAAUUAUUAUUACUUUUUUUUUAAUCACAAACAUUGUUGUCAUUUGCUAUGUGAGUACAUUAUUGGGAUGUAUGAUGGGCAAAAAGGAUUUCCUGCACCAUAGUGUUUGUGUAAUUUGCUGUUGUGAGUUCUAAAUAGGACGUUAUGCUUGAAAUGUAAAAGUAAUCGGCUCAUCGUGAUGCAAACCCCCGACACGCUGAUUUACAGGCUGUUUUUGAGACUGUAAAUGGUUUGCGGGUAAAAUGUGGCAUGUGUAGAACCUUUUUACGUGAAUCAUUCUGUUUUGGGUAUUAAUUAUUAAAUGAAACAAUAAACUACACUGUGAUGUUUUAGGGACGAAACACACCACAACGGCACUUAAAAAUAUUAACUUUCAUGUAACAACGUGUACAACUUUUCGUCCAUAUCUAAUAACUCCUUGUCUCUAUUUUGUAAAUGGUUUUAAAGCUAUGCACUUGGCUCAGUUCAGCCAGAAAGAUUCCUUUAAAGUGGUUCAUUUUCACCACUAUAUUCAAAACAGUUAUCAAAUUUUCACUAUAUAUUGGGAAACUUAAGAUGUCUAUAAAGAGAGUCAAUACAUUAUAUUUAACUCUACCACAAAUUAUUUUUCUGAUUAUAUUAAAUAUAGAGUUAUGGAUGAACACGUAUAUUUUUUCCGAUCACACAAAUAUUGUUUCCAAAGUUUUCUUGACCUCAUAUUGUAUUAUUUCAUGUAUUAUUGUCUCAUGAUGGAUCUAAACUGUAUUUCUACACUCAAAUAUGAAUGUUUCGUAAUCUGUCAUGUAAAUUUGUUUAUGGAUGCUUAUUAAUGGACUAUUUGGGAGGAAAUAAAGGAAAAGUUGGGCAUCGUAUAAUAA